AGUAAUUAUAUCAUUAUAUUUGUAGUUACUAUAAUAAAUUUAUAUAAGGUUAUGUAAGUUAUGAGCCUCUAUUUUACAAUUUCAGGAUACGGCCUGGUCUUAACUAAGCCUGAGUUACUACGAAGGCGCGAAUAUGUCAUUAUCUGCUUCGUGCUAACAUUUGCAAUAAUACUUGCCUUACGAAUGCUUUGCAACACAGUUCACAACUAUCGCAGGCAAGAAAUGCUACGAGUACGAGAAGAAAUACCGUUAUGCGACUUACCUCCGAAUUUAGGUCCCAUCUCAGUAAACACGACUUACAUAGACCUAGAAAAGUUGGACGAGAGUGCAUUUCCAGAAGUAAAAUGGGGCGGCCGUUUCUCCCCAAAUGAUUGCACCGCCCUGCACAAAGUGGCCAUUAUAGUGCCUUUUAGAGCUCACAAGCAACUGUUGCCGAUAUUCUUAAACCACAUGCAUCAGUUCCUAAUGAAACAACAGCUAGAAUACGGCAUAUUUAUCAUCGAACAAGCAUUUAGGUAUGACUACUUCAAUAGUGGGAAGCUUCGGAACGUAGGUUUCCUGGAAAGUCAGAACGCAAGCGAUUGGCAAUGCUUCAUCUUCCACGAUAUUGACCUGCUGCCGAUGGACCAGCGGAACUUGUACUCUUGCCCCGACAAGAAGCAUCCAAGACAACACGUUGCCGCUGUUUAUCGUCAAGCUUACAAACUUCCUUACAACACCGUGUCCAGUGGAGUAUCAGCUAUGACACAGAAGCAGUUCACCGACGUAAAUGGUUUCAGCAACGCAUACUGGGGCAUAGGCGGAGAGGACGAUGACAUGGUCUUAAGAAUGCAUUCGAAGGGUUACGUCAUUUCAAGAUACAACGAGACUAUCGCUCGAUAUGCUUCGUUGUACCACAAGCCAAACCCAACCAACAAAAAUAAACGGUACAAAUGGUACAAAAUUAUGAUGGAAGCCAAGAAUGCUCUACAAAGCGAGGGCUUGUCCACUCUAAAGUACUCCGUAAAAAGUGUCGUCCCCCACCGCUUAUACACACAUAUCAAGGCAGACAUCGGCCGGUCGCCCACCUAUCAAAAAGUAUUGAAGAUAAUAAGGACACUUCAGCUAGCUGACAGAAUAAGCAUGCGAGAAAGAAUGGACAGUGUUAAGAAGGAGCUCAUCGCUAUAUUAUAAGUAAUUUAGACAUCAUUUGUCACGUAUUUACUUCUCUUCUCUACAAAGAAUUUGAGAUGGCCAAACAUUUUUGGGCGCUUUGUUGUUAAGACGAAAGUUGACCCGCGCGAAAUCGCCUUUUGAUACAAACAUAGUCCUCAUUUUCCUCUCUGGAUAUUAACAUUAUUGAAAAUAUAUUGACACAUUGUUUUUUUUUUUAAUUUUGGCAACAAACAGUCUUAUACAAAAAAUAAUGUAAUAAUAAGCAAUGUGUUAAUAGACCUUGAGUGCGCCUUAAUAAUAUUAUGUUGUAAUCUAAAGUAGCUAGUGAAGGAGCAGUAAUAGCUAAACUAAAGUUAUCCCAUCAAAAACAUUUUCAUGUAAUAUGUUGCCAAGACGAAACCAUAUGUCUCGCACUGUCAAAAAGUUAUCAGAUCUCCUGUAGAGCGAAGCUUUAACUCUACACGCCCUAACUUCACAAACUCGAGCCUUAUGGUUUCGUCUUGGCAACAUUUUACAUGAAAAUGUUUAUAAUGGGAUUUCAUUUCUUUUUGCAAGUUGGGGUUAAGGAAUGAUUUUGGGUUUAAAAACUAUUCUAUAUUUACCUCAUAACAAAAAAUAUCUAAGUACAAACCAAACUUCAACUAAAUCAGUUCAGCGGUUAUUGAUUCCCCAUACAAAAUUCCACCCUUCCUUAGAAUAUUUCAAGUUUUUAAUUUUUUUGUUUUUCGUGUACUAAAUCUAUCCUACAUGCCUAAUUUCAGCUUCCUAGGACUUCAGGAAGUACCUGGGUUUUGAUGAUCAUCAGUGAGUGAGUGAAUGAAUGAGUCAGUGACGUAAUCGGGGUUUUUUAGAUAUAAAUAAAAUCUAAAGUAUAAGAGCUAUGCAAUUGAAUUUUUUAUGCUUAAUAAGUCCACUAUGGAGAUUAUAUCCCCAAAAUUUUGUGUACCUGGUGUAAUCCAAACCCAAGUUAUGACGGUUCAAAAAAACGACGAAGCGCUUCGAGAAAAGGCAGGUAGUGCCCUUGCGCUUCGCUUUGCUCGUCUUGGCGGGGGCACUCCCGUGCCUCCAGAUCAGUAAGUAACAAAGUUAUUAGUAAUUAGAGUGAUUUUGAAAAAAUAUAAGAGUUAGGAGCAUUUAAAAAUUUGUAUGAAAUCUGUUUUUCUAUUGUACAAUAAUCAGAAAAUCUAUAAUUCUAAUAUACACCAAAUUAUAGAAAAACAUUUUCCAUAAUGUCAAUAUCGAGAGGAA